UGGGGCCGGAAGUCAAGGCGGAGGUGAUUGUGCUUCCGUUUCUGGUUUUGCUCCGGUGUUUGGGUGUUCUUCGCGGCCCUCCAAGAUGAACCGAUUCUUCGGGAAAGCGAAACCCAAGGCUCCGCCGCCCAGCCUGACUGACUGCAUUGGCACGGUGGACAGCAGGGCAGAAUCCAUUGACAAGAAGAUUUCCCGACUGGAUGCGGAGCUAGUGAAGUAUAAGGAUCAAAUCAAGAAGAUGAGAGAGGGUCCUGCCAAGAAUAUGGUCAAGCAGAAAGCCUUGCGGGUUUUAAAGCAAAAGCGGAUGUAUGAGCAGCAGCGGGACAAUCUCGCCCAACAGUCAUUUAACAUGGAGCAAGCCAAUUACACCAUCCAGUCUCUGAAGGACACCAAGACCACGGUUGAUGCUAUGAAACUGGGAGUAAAGGAAAUGAAGAAAGCAUACAAACAAGUGAAGAUCGACCAGAUCGAGGAUUUACAAGACCAGCUAGAGGAUAUGAUGGAAGAUGCAAAUGAAAUCCAAGAGGCACUGAGUCGUAGUUAUGGCACCCCAGAAUUAGAUGAAGAUGACCUAGAAGCAGAGUUGGACGCCCUGGGCGAUGAGCUUCUGGCCGAUGAGGACAGUUCUUACCUGGAUGAAGCAGCAUCUGCACCUGCAAUUCCAGAAGGUGUUCCCACUGACACAAAGAAUAAGGAUGGAGUCCUGGUGGAUGAAUUCGGAUUGCCACAGAUCCCCGCUUCAUAGACUUGCAUCAUUCAAGGACAUCAUGUAAAAUAAACACGUAUUCUGGGACUAGGAAUAUUUAUCUUUCCAAAUUUACCAUAACAGAUUAAGGUUUCUUUCCUUUCUUCAAAGGAAAAGUUAAUUACAUUGCUCUUUUAUUGUUUUCCGUUAAAAGACUCAUUGCUUGGGGGAUACUUUCCUUGUACUAAAUUUGUAUACCUUUUCUCUUAGGAAAGACUAACUUACCUAAAAGUAUCAGUGGGUAUGUGUGACUUCAUUCCAUAAGAAUAGUUCAAAAUAAAACCAAGGAAAUGGGAGUCCUUAAAUUCUAUGACAGUGUAAGUCCACAACCUCGAAUUGACCUGAUAGAUUAAUAAGACAAAGAUGAGAUUAUUGGGACUGUCAUAUUAUGAUUCAAAACCAUUUUCUAUUGUGGUAUUAUAGGUCGGUUAAAGUGAUGGCCUUUUUUGCUGAGUUUUGUUGUGUCUUGUGAGUGAAUCAUUACAGUGUCUGGUAUUGGAAUGGAAUUAGCACUACUGUAUCAUGAGUGGAUAUUUUGAUUCUGUGAUUCCCUCAGUAUUACAGCCUGACUUGUAAUCAAUAAUGAAUAUUUCUUGAUAUUUAAUGUAUAGGACAUUUAUUUAUACUCAAUAAAUAUUUUUCAAAAGGA